ACGAUGUGUACCGAUUACGACCAUAUAAGCAUGUACAUUAUAGGUUUUAUACAAAAUAUAGUAAAUAUGUAAAUAAACUAUAUCUUAUCAGAACAAAUACACAUAACGGCAUAUAUACAUGGACUGUUAAAAUGGAUAUUAGAAGUAAACCAGUUUAAGAUUCAAAAUAAAAACCAUUGGGAAUUCUGGCAAUCAGAAGUAAUGGAGAACUUGGUAUGAAUUUGUGCAAAUGUCUUCGAUUAACUUGAAUCAUGGAAGAAGAAAAAAUGUUCGAUGAAGAUUUAAUUAGUGAUAAUUAAAGUUAUCAUUUCCCAUCAUUUUCAUUGGAUUAAGUUUAUUCAUUAAGAUAAACUAAUGAUAUUGAUUGAUACACUAAAAUCAAUCAACCACUUAAAGUAAUUUUAUUUUGCAUUAAAGAAAUCAAAAAAUGGCGACAGAACAUUCUGGUGAUGACAGUAGUGAAAAGCUUCUUCAGGAGCCUGAUGAAGAAACGCCCCUAGGCGAAGAUGAGGAAGACUGUGUUAAACUUCUGUUGAAUGCUCUUGGAAAGGAUGAUGACGAUAAUGAAAAUGACGGUAAUGUAGCCUCCGGGGAAGAAAAGCGUCUCUUGGCAAAUGAUAGUGGAGCGGGAAGAAAAUUGAGGCUUCGAGAUUAUACCGACACAGGUGUUGAAAGUGUAAAUACUAGUGUAGGUGAACUGAAUGCUAGUCGAGCGAAGCUUGAUAUGCCAACAGUCAGAUUGUCGUCCAACGGGAAAGAAAUGAAUUUUACUAAAACACCAUCACCAUUUCAAGAAAGGCAAAAACGUGCAAUGAAGUUACUUAAAAAGCAUCGGUCAGACACUGGGAAAAUAGUUUGUGGUGUCGUAGUGAUGCUAAUUAUAUUGGGAAUAGGGGGAGGUUUACUAGUUCUUGGCUGGAUAAAUAACAUGGAAGAUCUGUACCUUCUCGGUGGUAUUUUCUCAUUCGGUGGUGUAUUGUUUGCAAUAGCAUUAGUUGUUGUGCGAUGUCAAGCCAGGGAACAACUGGAAGACACCGAUUAUUCUGUGCUCUAUAAAACAUAAUUGUGAAAGUUAUUGUUGGCAAUAUUAUCAACCAUUUUAUAAAUGGUUUUGUUACAGGAUUUUUUUUUUAUACUACUGUUGUCUCUUUUUUUGAAAUAGCUCGGUGCUUAUUAUUGCAUUUUAAGGUAAUUGGCGCAAUUGGCAAUUGAACAUUACUUUGCAAUAUAAUAAUUAUUCUUGCCGAUUGUGUCGGCAUUAUUAGUCUAAGUAUUAAAACGUCAUCUUUUUGUACAAGAUUAAAUGGCGUUAAUACAUUCUAAAAUUUCGACUUUGUUAUGCUGUUUGUUUAAUUCAUGUUGGUAUUUCUCCUUUUUUUACUUGUUUCGUUAUCAUAUUAUUAUACAUCUAGCCUGGUUAAGGGAAAAUGGUAAAUUAUUUGAAUGUUUUAUAUACUCGUUAUGUAGACUUACUUUUAUUUGCUUGAGUAAACCUUCUGAAUUGGUUUUAUGGAUUUGCCCAGUUUUAAACUGGAGCAAUAAUUUAAAUUCCAAACAAUUUUGAUAUAGAACUACAAACGUUAGGCAACUUGCAUCUGGGCUGUACUGGUGUCAAAUGUAAAUCAUUUUAGCUCGUCUGUUUCGUAUUAUUAUCAUUAUUAUCGCUGCGGCGUUCUUGUUGUCGUACGUGCAAAAAACUUUAAGUGGCCCAUUAACAGUUUCUAAGGUAAUGAUAUGAAAUUUAGAAGCUAGAAUACUUUUUAUUAUAUAUAUCGUGGCAAACAAGGGGCAUGAUUCUGAAAGAUGUUUUUGGAGUUAUACCGAACUUAGAAUUUUUGUCAAGUGUAUUUUUUAACAGACGAGCGUUAACACCAGACGCGGUGCUCAUUUUAGCACAAGUGUGCUAAAAAAGCACAAGUGUGCAAAAAGAGCACAAGUGUGCUAAAAGAGCACAAGUGUGCUAAAAGAGCACAAGUGUGCUAAAAGCAGGUUACAGUUAACUGUAUGGUAUUACACAACAUCAUUCAUAAAUAUACAAUUUGUAGUUUUGCUUUUGAUAUUUUUUAUUUAUUGAUUUUUAUAAGUAAAUUAGUGUUUUUUAUAUACAUUGAAAGAAUUUGUAACUUUAAGAAUUAUUGAUGAAUCAAAUACAUGUAGGCCCCAGUACAUGUUUUUCAAGACAUGCUCUGUGAUUAAACAUUGCAAGUUUUGUUAUGUAUCAUUCCUGUUAAAUAGUUUUAUUAUAUUUAUUUCAUGUAUAAAUAUUAUCUGUGAUAUUAGGCAUAUAAUUUAUUACUUAUUUAUGGACAUUUCUGUGUACUUAAGUUAAGAAAAUGUCUAUUUAAGUGCGUGUUAAGAAAAUGUCUAUUUAAGUGCGUGUUAAGAAAAUGUCUAUUUAAGUGCGUGAUUCAUUGUUUUAUUUUAAAGGAAUAGAUUUAAGCUUAGUAGAGCAAAAAAUAAAUCUUGUCGUUCGGGCAACAGCCUUUAUAAGCGAGGGAUUAAACUUUAUUGAUACAGCCAUCGUUACGACUACGCCAUACAAUUAUUGUCCCUUAAAACUUAAGGGUGGCGGGGCUACACGUGGCUAGGUCGGGUUACCCGAAACGCAUGAAUUGUAGGCCUGAGAAAUUUAAAAACAUCAAUUAACCAACAUUUAAAUGGUGCUUUUCAUAAAAAUGUCAUACGCUUAAUAGAUUAUCAGGUUCAGAGAGAUAUUUCAUAAA